AUGGACGACAAACCGAUCGCCGUGGAUCCAGAUGUGUUUCUCCCCAAGGAUGCCAGCCUCGAGGACGGCCAGUCGGAAACUACCUCGAUCGGCUCCUCGAUUCACCGGGGUAUCCUGGCAAACGGGCGCCGGUACCAAGCGCUGAGUGCCAAGGAUUAUAUUAUCCCAUCCGAUGAGCAGCAGUUCGAGAGCUACGAGGCAGGGCACCUCGUAACCCUCAUGCUCGAUCUGGAUAGGGAAAAUCCCUUCUUCCGUGCCCCAAUCGUGGACUCACUCCAGAAUAUUCUGGAUAUUGGAACCGGCAAGGGGAGCUGGGCUAUCGAUGUCGCCGAUAUGUUCCCAGAAACUUCGGUCCGUGGAGUCGAUCUGUACCCGCCUCCGGUCACUUGGAUGCCACCGAACUGUACCCUAGAGGUAGACGAUGUGCUCCAGGAAUGGACCUGGACGGAAAAGUUUGAUCUCAUCCACCUGCGCAAUAUGGUUGGGUCAUUCAGCGAGCAUGACUGGGAGAUCGUCUACAAGAGAUGCUAUAAUGGCCUGAAACCCGGUGGGUGGAUUGAGCAACUAGAAUCGAGCCCUCACAUCGAGGCAGAUGAUGAAAGCAUCAAACCCGACAGCCAGCUGAAGACUUGGGGUGACAACAUGAUCAGUUGUGGCACCAAAGCUGGCCGAGCUUGUGACACAAUGAACACCAUGGCUGCGGCUAUUCAGAAGACUGGGUUCGUCGAUGUCCAUGAGCGGAAUUACAAGCGACCGAUUGGGCCGUGGCCCAGAGACAAGCAGCUCAAGGAAGCGGGUAUGGUCAACUAUGAGCACUGGUCCCGAGGCUUGGAGGGUUGGGGGAUGUGGUUGCUGACCAACUUUGGAUCGCCGCAUGCCUGGACCAAGGAGGAAGUCCAGGUGUAUGUGGCGAAGUUGCGGAACGAGCUCAAGGAUCCACGCUGCCAUCCCUAUCACCGAUCCCGGAGAGUCUGGGCGAGGAAGCCGAUGCCCGACGAGGUGCAGUAA